AUGAUGCUUGGACGUGCGGCGCGUCAUGCGCGCCAGCUUCUUGCGCCUAGCGCUUCAGCCCUAGCAGGCAUGCGCAUGGCACAGGUAGCGGUAGCGCAAAAUGCCUUGACGGUGCACCGCGCUUUUCACUCACACCUGCCAUUGGCGUCGGAAGCAUCGUCGUUUGUGACUGACGCCGACGUUGAUGCUUCUCCAUCACCAGACUUUAUCGCGCUUGAGCGCACCACGCCUUUGAUCCACACACGUUUAUCGUACUUGGACCCGGCGACCAAGCCAGAGGGCGAAGCUGCCAAGGCGUACGUGCCCAUGUCAGCGCAUGUCUUCAACACGGCUCCGCACCAGCAUGCUAUGCACAUGGCUGUUGUAUACUACCUCGAUGCUAUGCGUAGCGGUACUGCAAGCACAAAAACGCGCUCUGAAGUGGCUUUCUCUGGCCACAAGCUGCGCCCACAAAAGGGCUCUGGUAAGGCCCGUCUUAGUGACCGCGGCAGUCCUAUGCUUCGCAAGGGUGGUGUUGCUCAUGGUCCUCGCCCACGCGACUUUAAGACAGAGCUGCCCCGUAAGGUGCGUGAGCUGGCCUUGCGCUCAGCGCUGAGUGCGCGUCUCCGGGAAGGCAAGCUGCAUGUGGUGCCUAGCCUCGCUUGGCAGCCCCCGCCUAUGUCGACCAACAAGCUGGCGCGUCUCUUGAGCUCCAAGCAAUGGAACGACACGCUGUUCUUGACGGCACCUCGCCGUCCGGAGUCGCCAAUUGCGAGUGAGCGUGGCUACGCACGACCCUCGUCUGUGGACUUGAUGUACACGGACGAGCAGCUCGAGCGUCAUGUGCGAUAUGUGCGCAACUUUGAUAUGGCUUCGCGCAACUUGCCAGAUGUGAUGCUGAUGCGCUUGCAUGAGCUUCCUCCGCACCCACGUCCUCGUCUUGAGCACGAAAAACUACCUGGUGAACUGCAUGCGUACCAGGUGCUGCAGUUUGACCGCGUAGUCCUUGAUUUAGGCGCGCUGGAGUGGCUGGAAGAGAAGCUCGGUGGCUCGCUCGUACAUCAAAUGUAUGCGGAAGAACUCAGUCAUUGGCAAGCGGAGAACGCAGCAGCGGAGCCAGAGGCAGAGGCAGAGUCUGCCUCGUCGAUAGAGACCAGUACUACUGCGCCUACGCCGUAG